GGUGCUGGAGAGCGCCAACUUCAGAGUGGCACUGCGCUCUCGAGCCUUUUCAUGGCCCCAAGCUCCAAGUCGCGGGAUGGAGGCUGGGCUUGCAGCGGAUGCAAAGCUCGGAAUGGGGACAACUACGAUUUCUGCUGGAAGUGCUGGAAGGUUCGUGACUCCGCGAAGACGGCGAACCACGGUGCGGUCAGUUCCCAGGACGACGCAGAGGCCGAGGAUGCCACCAAAGCAAAGCUCAAGAAGUUACGGGCACACCUGGCAGAACUUCGACGGCAGGCGGGGGACCCAGACUUGGCCAAGCACGUCCAGGGAAACAUCGACGUCGUGCAGAAAGAAGUUGAUGACUUGCAGGCAGCUGUCGACAGCGGCAGCGACAUCCCACGUUGCUUCUCGGAGUGCAAGUUGGUCCGAGAGAGGAACAAAACGCAGGCGCAGCGUGAGCGCACACAGGAGCGGGUCGAGAAGCUGGAGCAGGAGAUCAAGCAGGCCCAGGAGAAGCUUGACAGGGAGAAAGCCCUCUUGGCCAGACAAGAUGAGAAAUUGCAAAAGCAGAGUGCCCGUAUCGAAGAGCUCAGCGUGCCCAAGCCGGGCAAGGGCUGGAGAGCGGCCGCGUCGUUCCUGGAGCAAGCCAAGAAGUGCCUGCGCGACCAGGAGACGGACACCAAGAUCGCCGAAGCCCUCCGCCACGCGCAGCAGCAGCACACCGCAGAGGAGAAGCGAGCUGCUGCGGCCGCAGCAGCAGCAGCCGCCAAGGCCAAGAAGGAGGCCGACGCCGCAGCGCGGGAGGCCGCCCACGACAAGCAGCAGAGGAACAAGCGCAGAGCCGAGGAGGAGAUCAAGCAGGAGCUGGUCUCCUUCCCGCAGAACGCCGACGCGACGCAGAUCACAAAGAUCAUGCAGGGGCAGGGGUUCUUCACCAUCAAUGCGAACUCCAUCGGCACGCUGGAGCGGACUAUGCGCUCCAUCAGGUACACGCACAAGUACCCCAUCAUCAUGGCGCAGGAGCUGCAGGCAAACGAGCACAGCAUCUCCUGCUUCACGCAGCGCAUGCAGAAGGAGGGCUGGAGGCUGGGCACUGCGCCGAGCGUCCGCACCGCACGGGGGGGCUGGAGCGCAGGGGUGCUCCUGGCGACUGUGCGGCCAAACAACAUGAGCUACGCCAGGGGGCUCGACACGCGGGACAUCUCGCCCGGUGAGUCCAAGGGCCACCUCGCGAUUGGCUGGGUCCGCGCCCGAGGCAAGGACCUCGGCAAGGAGGGCAUCACCAUAGGCACGGCCUACCUCUGGGUCAGCGAGGGCAUGACGGACCGCAACAGGGCCACCCUACGGAACUUCACUACGGCCGCGGCAGCGGCGGGGAAGCAUUGGAUCCUGGGCGGUGACUUCAACAUAGAUCCAGCAGAGCUACAGCACACAGGGGUGGUCAACAGGAUGGACGGGGUCAUCGUGUUCGACACCUCGCGCGGCUCGUGCGCCACUCUGGGCGAGGCACGGCACCGCGACUACUUCAUCAUGUCCAAGACGCUCCUGGAUGGCCCGCUCCACGUGGCCGUGCAGGAUCAGUACAACACGGCGCCGCACUCACCUGUGCUCCUGCGAGUCCCUCGCCUACGGGAAGAGGCACGCUGGGCACGGGUACUACGGCGACAACGGCGAUGGCCACUGCAGCUGCCCACAGGCUGCGUGGCGGGGCCGACCUCGCGGCCGCGACUCCUGGAGCACCGCAGGCAUACUCAGGACGAUGUGGACCGCUACUGGGGCAACUUGGCCAACACGUACGAGGAGCACCUGAACAAGUACCUCAACUACGUCGGCCUGGACUGGCACGGGCGCAAGGGCCACCUGCAGCUGCCCACCUACGCUUGGGAGCAGCUCAAGCCACCCACGGUGCACGAGGCCGCGCGAGAGCAGCAAUGGGCAGAGGCAGCUGAGUGGCUGGGCCGCCGCUUGGGACACGUCAGCACAGCAGUGCGAACGCGGAGGAAGAACGGGAAGCAAGAGACGUUGGUCUGGGCUCAGAACAACGCCAAGGGCAUCCUAAGGAAGGACAUCAUCGGGCCGCUCCUCGAGCGGAACCACCCAGCAUGGCGCGCCGAGCCCGACCAGGAGCGGGACAACGACGACGCCACGGACGAGCAGGACAACACAGACAACCUGGACGAGUUAAACUACACAGUGCGCCGAGUCGAGGAGGACACGACGAGCCUCCCAGAGAGUACUCCUCGGCGGACCCCCGCUGUCCUCGGCCUCACGGCUUCGCAGGACUGCCCGUUGGUCGGGGCGGAAGCGGCAGGAGAGCGCCGCCGACCGACGGGGCGGGGGCGAUACACGGACACCGAUUGGGGCAAGUUGGCGAACACAGUCGCCUGGAUCGACGCCGAGCACAUCACCGAGAGGGGCUUGCACUACGUGGACUGCGCGGCCAAGCUCAUGACAGUUGCUAGCCAGCACACGCGGCGGCGAGCACGACAGGAAGUGGCUCGAAACUGGCGACGCUGGGUGACCAAGCACAGCCAGGCGGGGGCGGGAGCGCUGCGCAAGUGGACUAAGCCGCCUGUGCCGCGGGCCCCGAUCCAGCCGACAGAGUCCCGCACCCAGCAGGAGCUCACGCACCCGCAGGUGGCAGCGGACACGGCGCUGGAGGGCUGGGAGACGGUCUGGGCGGACAGCUACAACGCCGACGAGCCGUGGUGCCAGGCCCCCAGCGACGACGAGUGGAGCGAGCACAGAGUUCCGCGGAUCACCCCGAGGGGCGUCAUCGAGGCUUGCGGGCGGUUCCGAGCUGGGACAGCCCUGGAAGAAGCAGACUGGCACCCGCGCGGCAGGUGGCUGGGCCUUAUCCCUGAGCUGGCGCGCGUGUGGGAGAGCAUCCGCAUCCCCUACGCCAGGCGCUGGGAGGCAGCAAACGAGCGAGCCUACGACUGGGCACGCCGAGGGAGAUCGUCGGAACGCGCGGCAUGGCUACAGGCACUCUACUAUGAGGCCGCGCGGGCUGACGGACACGACUAUGCGGUGACCUACUUCGACUUGAUCAAGUGCUUCGAGUGGGCCACCCAUCGGAAGGUGUGGGAGGCGUCGCAGAGAUGGGGCUUCAAUCCAAUCAUCAUGCGGACCGUCCUCAAGAUCUACAGCACGGCGCGGCGCAUCGUCCUGGACGAGUGCUACACCGACGGCAAGGCGCGGCAGCGCGGCAUCGUGGCGGGCAGCAGGUACACACCGUUCUGUCUCAAGAUGGUGAUCAUCCUCGAGCUGGACAGGCUGGUGCACCAGUUACCCUGGGCGGACACGCGCCUCUUCUUCGACGACCUCGCCAUGGCCACGCACGGCAGGCACGAGUACGUCGACGAGGUCCACCCGCGGCUCAUCGAGGCCGUGGCCACCAUGUUCGAGACCACGCUGGACAUGGCCGUCUCGCGCGGCGCGGAGGGGAAGACGGUCACCUUGGCCUCCUCCACCGCGCUGGGCCAGCACAUCCACAAGAGUACCAGGCACCUCGGCGUGAGAGUGGUCAAGCACGAGAAACACCUGGGAGUGACAGUAACAGCAUGCAGACGGAGGAGAGCGGCCGCCAUCAACAAGCGGGCGCUCAAGUUUGCAGCGAGAAAGGCACGGAUGGCAGCCGUGCGCAGAGCAGGAGGAGCGGCACACAAGCUGAUUCGACAAGCCAAAGUGCCAGCCCUCCUCUACGGAUCCUCAGUCGUCGGCAUGGCAGACUCCAAGCUCACCGAGCUCAGGAAGAACGCGGCGGCGGCGAUGGAGGGCAACGACAAGGGAAGGUCCACGGCACCCACGCUGCUCAGCGACAGGGCCGACCCAGGCAUCCUUGCCAACAGUGGCCCCAUCAUCGCCUGGUCCACGGCGUGGCAGGAAGCGCUCGAGGACGACCAGCUGGCCGCGCGGCUCCAGAGCGCGUGGCGCACCUGGGUGAUGAAGAUAUACAAGUGCAAGGCCCCCUGGCUCACAGUUCGGGGGCCAGCGGGGGCGUUCGCGGCGACGGUCAGGCGCCUCGGCUGGAUGACGCAGGCUUCGCACACAGUUACCAUCGACGGGAACGUGCUCGACCUCCGCUACACCAUGCUGCAGGGGAUCCAGCACCACGUCGCGCGCACCACGGAGAAGCAGCUGCAGGACGAGUGGGUGAGCCAGCACGGCCGCCAGCACGGCAUCACCUCCAUCUUCCUGGCACAGUUGCAGGCACUACUACGAGCCGAUGCUCUCUGGGGGCGCGGCAUUACGGCCGACCCCGCCGACGAGCUUGGGCUCUGGGAGCUAGCCUCGUGCGACGACUGGCUCACCGAGGGCAACUGGGACGGCCUCGCGACAGGAGACAUCUACGUGGACGGCUCGUUGCAGUCCGGCGACCACGCACCACUGCGACGAGGAGGAUGGAGCUUCACCAAGCUCAAAGACAACGAUGAGUACGACAUGGACUACGUGUGCUACGGGCCCCUCCUUGGCGCACAGUGGGUCCAGAGCAUCCUGCGGGCGGAGCUCCACGCGCUGCUGCAGGCGUCGCGUGCGGGCACCCCGCCCAUGCGCAUUUUCACCGACUGCCAGAACGUCGUCGACGGCGUGAUGGCAGGACCAGCGUGGCUCGACAAGAGGAGCCGCCCGCACCUCGACCUCUGGGAGUGCAUUUCCCAGGCCAUCGCAGAGCUCGGAGGCCUGGGCCCGAGCACCGUGCAG